UAUAAACUGCUGAAAUACAUCAAUCAAUCUAGCUUUCAAUCUGUAAACAAAAAUAAUAAAUCAAAAGGGCGUGUUUGUUUUGACAGAAAACAUUUUCCUUCUAGAGACUCAUGUACUGUAAAUUGCACACCAAAAAUCAAAACCCAAAUCUGAAAAUCACAGAAUGAGCACAUACAAACUGCUAUGAAAUCUGUCUAUAUAUAUACAUACAUACAUAUAGUCACUGGACCAAUCUUGAUCAAAUUAAUGAUUCUUCCAAAAAUUAAUUCCGUUGUAAUAUUAGAUGCCAGUUGUGACCAUUUUGAAGCAUCCAAGACACAAUUGCCCUCUCAAUAAAUACCCAUCCAAAACCCUAGAUAGACUGCCCUUUUUUUCUCACAGAACCAAACAGCCUUUUCUUGCACAUCACUUUCUCAGUUUCCACCAAUUUUCCGAGAAAAAGAAGUCUGCUUUCCGGGAAAAUAGAACCCCGAUGGAGGAAGAUGGGCCUCUGCCGGACCAUCUUCGCUGCAAGAGAACCGACGGUCGUCAAUGGCGGUGCUAUCGGCGAGUCAUGGAGAACAAGAAGCUCUGCGAGAUUCACCAUAUUCAAGGUCGUCAUCGUCAGAACAAAGAGGUAGUCCCUGAAUCGCUCAAACUCAAGAGAAAGAAAUCGAAAUCGCGAAAUCAGGAGGAAUCGGAGCCUCAGAAUCAGAAAAUUAGGGCACGAAAGAGGGACAAAGAUUGCGAUUCGAGACCGGUGAAGAAAAGCAAGAAUGUGGAUGUUUCGGAGGCGUUGGAUGAGGCUCUGAGGAAGAUGAAGUUGAAGAGAGGUGAUUUGCAGUUGGAAUUGAUUAGGGUUUUUUUGAAAAGGCAAGUGGAGAAGAAGAAAGAGAGAGAAUUGAGGAAGAAUAGAGAGAGUGAGACAGAGGUCACGAAAGAGUUGCCUUAUGGAGUAAUGUCCAUUUCGCCGCCUUUGUCAUAUCAAAAUCACAAUGCCAGUGCUUCUUGCAAUGUGAAAUUGGGAAUUGAGUCGAGUUCUAUACUGCGGAGGUGCUUUCGAUCAAAAAACAUUGAGCCAAUUCCAAUUAGUACAAUGCAGAUUAUGCCAUACUCUCGAAACGCGGCUAAAUUGAAGAAAGCAAAGAAGAAGAAAUGUCAUUGGUGUCAAAAAAGUAGUUACCGGGUUCUUAUUAAAUGCCACAGUUGCAAAAAGGAGUUCUUUUGCAUGGAUUGUAUCACAGAACGGUUUCCUGGCAUGCAAGACCAAAUUAAAAUGGCCUGUCCAGUUUGUUGUAAAACUUGCAGCUGUAAAGCAUGCUUGAAAAAUCAAUCUAAAGAAGAUGAACACAAGGAUCAUUUUAGGAAUGAUGAAAAGAAGGUUGACAAAGUUCAACAAUUGCAUUACCUAAUAUAUAUGCUUUUGCCUGUGCUUGAACGAAUAAAUCGAGAUCAGAGCAUUGAGCUGGAGUUAGAAGCAAAAAUAAAAGGGAAAAAAAUAUCUGAAGUCCAGGUUCAGCAGGCUGAAUUUAGUUGCACAAAGCUACACUUCUGCAAUAACUGCCAAACAUCAGUGGUGGAUUUCCAUAGAAGCUGUGGCCAUUGUUCAUAUAACCUUUGCUUAAGUUGUUUGGAGCUUUUUCGGGGGUCCUUACACAGAGGUCUGAAAGCAUUUAACUCUAAAUGCCGUAAUAAAAGUAAAGCUUGUAUUUCUGAUGACAAGGUACCAUCAAAGAUGGAAAAGACAAGCACGUCUAGGCAGGAUGGUAGCAGUAGAUACCUUGCUUCUCCUUCAAUAUUACCCAAGUGGAAAGCUUGUAAUGAUGAUGGCAGUAUAAUUUGCCCGCCCAUGGCUUUCGGUGGUUGUGGUGAUGGCCUCCUUGAUUUGAGAUGUGUAUUCCCCUUC